AUGACAGUCCCUUCGUAUGACCAUGAUCUCGACACCGAUUUCCACCUGUUUCUGUCCACAGACAAUGGAUCCAAGCCAGUGACAUCUAUGCAGAUAUCCCCCGAGCCUCAUGCGUUCGUUGCGGUUGGCGAAGUGGGAGGAUGCACCAAGGUCUACAAAUGCGAAAGCCCAUUCAAUGUGAUCGCGAGUUUAAGCCCAGCGCCUUCCUCAGAUCUGCCAUGCGAGCCCAAAUCUCUCGCCUGGAAUCCGAGCGACCCAACCGAGCUACAUGUUGGGUUUUCAAACGGAGACAUAAGCACGCAUCGAUUUUACAGAACUAAGGAUCAUGAUGAAUUUCAAUGUACCAGUACAGUAAUCCAGAGAGAUACGACCGACGAAAAGCAAGAAGGACCCGUGAAUCAUCUUGCAUUAUCUCGGGAUGGGACCAUCAUGGGCGCCAUUAUCCACCAACGUCCGAUCGUGUUUCAUAGAGAUUCAAAUGGCGCUGUGGUGAAGACAACAUCUAUAGACUGCGGCUCCUGCACACCCUGGCGUCUGGCGUUCUAUCAACGCAGGAAUUUCGACCGCAUGAUAAUUGCGAUGCACAAUUCAAGUGACUAUAAGACUGGAGUGAUAGCGAUACGCGUGCCCGCUCCGGAAGAUGGCAGCAACGAUAAGUAUAAUAUGCUAUGGAAAAUAGAGACGCGGCAAGACUUUAUUCUGAGUUUUGCCAUUUCUCCUGAUCAAUCUCGCUUCGCCAUCAUUUACGCACACGGAGGCCUUGAAGUUUAUUCCAUCUCGUCGGCCUUCAUCGCCGCCUGUAUAGCAUGGGAUCCUCCGUCUGAUGACGACAACUUCCCCGUGGAUGUCUGCUUCAUCCAAAACAACUCACUGGUCAUUGGUCAUUCUAGGCGCCGAAGGCUUGUCCUCGCCAACAUCGACGGCAUGGACAUAAUGACUACAGUGGUUGAUCUUCGACGGGCAGGACGCCAACGAGGUAGGAUUGUUUUCGCGUCAAUAUGCCACAUUGUAACUUACAGUUGUUCGACUCGAGCAUUAUCUCGUUUAGAUGCGGCAACCUCCUCUCAGGGCGAGAUUCUAGUCAUUAUGGGUGACGGACACCCUCGUGCCUCUAAGGGAGACAUAAUCUUCCUCACUACAAAGAAGAUGCCGCCCCAAGAAGCCGCCCCAGCCCCCGCCGUGGCUUCUGCGCCGGCUCCAGGCCCUCUAAUUACCCCCACAACACCCGGGCACACUAGUACUUCUGCACCAACACCCGUUCCUGACCCCGCCCCCGCUGCUCCCACCCCUGCACUAGCACCCGUUCCUGACCCCGCCCCAGUGCCCAUUCCUGACCCCGCUCGCGCUUCUGGUCCGUACCCUGCCCCCGCCUCUGGCCCUGCUGCCGGACACACCCAAGUAUCAACACUAACUCCCGACCCUUCUCCUGCUCCCGCAUCCCCUCUGCCGCCGGCCGCGGCUCCAUCAGUUGUUGGCCCGAAAGGUGCUUUCAGCAGCGUCGGCGAGGGCUCACUUGUGGCACCAAACACACCAACUGCGAGGUCCCUUACAUAUGCGCCGCCUUUGGUACCUCCGAUGAAUCUGGAUCUCAACAGUGUUCCCAUCGAUAUCGAUAGUGUUCACGGCGAGGGUGCGGCAGCAUCAGAAGCAGACACCUUUGACUCUUCUUCGUCAUCUCCGACGGACGUGCCAAGAGCGGCACCAAUUGUGUCGCUGAAGACGACCAUUAUAUUGGGAGUUUUGCUUGCUGUAUACUCAGCCAUCCAAUUCACUCAAGAGACAACAGAGACAGCCACAGUGCAUGUUUAUUCAGUGGAAGCUCCCCCUAAGCCUGCCGCAUAUCCCACCAUAACUACAACAGUGACGGAGACAGCCACAAUCGUAUCACUCCCCGCCGCCUCUACAUCCUUUGUAACCAAGACGGCAACUGUCACCUCAACAGUCAUGGGCGCAGACACAUCAACCCUUACUACGACCGUAUUCACAACCGAGACGGCGACACUGACAGUGCGGGCAAAGACCCAUGAUACGACGACCUUAUAUUCUGCGGCAUCCCGCAUUGGCGCCAUUCUGUACACGAUCAUAUUCGUGUUAAUAUGCAUAGUCCUACCUUUGGGAGGACUGGCACUAGAUCACCCGGAUGCUAAGGAAGCGAUUUAUGGAUGUGCCAGGCAAGUCUGGGGGUCUUUAGGCGAAACUCAUCCAAAUAUCCAGAAUUUCCUUGUAGUUUUGAGUGUUUUUUUGCGGCGUCACUGGAACAAGUUCAUUGGACCAGGCGAUAACGAUGACAAUGGUGAUGGCGACAGAGACCUUGGCAAAGCCGUGGGGCCAAUUUUCAUGCCAGGGAAUGCGCAACUCGAUUGA